AGGAGCCAUAAUUAAUUCAUAUCAAAUCGCACACGCUUUUCUGUUUAGCUAGCCAAAUAGAGAAAGCAUACACAGCCGGAAUGAUCGCCUCCGCCUGGCGCAGCGUGGCCACCACAGUGGAGACCCAGUUGACGGCCACCUACUUCCGAGGUUCGUCCAGCAAUCUGAAACUGCUCCUGCGUUCCUGGCGGACAAUUGCUCGAGCGGAUUCCCCUGGUUUCGGAGCGAUUCAGCGGCGGUUUCUGGCUGUGCCCGUCAUCUGUCCAAGUCUCGUCAAGCUGCAAAAACUGCGCAAAGUCGGCUUUAGAGGCAUGCACAGCACCUUGGAGGACGUGAAGCUGGAGGGCAUGGAGAUCAAGAUCCUGCCGGCCCUGCAGGACAACUAUAUGUAUCUGAUUGUGGACACGAAAACGCGCGAGGCGGCCGUAGUGGAUCCCGUGGAACCGGAGCUGGUCAUCAAGACGGUGCAGGAGCAGCAGCUGACCCUCAGCAAGGUGCUCACCACGCAUCAUCACUGGGACCACGCUGGUGGCAAUGAGAAGCUGGUCAAGCUGUGGGAGAAGGAGCUGGAUGUGUAUGGCGGCGAUGACCGCAUUGGUGCCUUGAACAAAAGAGUGCAGCAGGACGACACCUUCACCAUAGGCGCUCUGAAUGUGAAGUGCCUGUCCACUCCGUGCCACACCACCGGCCACAUUUGCUACCAUGUCACCACGCCGGAGGGGAGUGGCGAGGGAGCCGUCUUCACCGGCGACACCCUUUUCCAGGGCGGAUGCGGACGCUUCUUCGAGGGCACUCCCGAGGAAAUGUACGAGGCACUGUGCACAAAGCUCUCCGCUUUGCCGGACACCACCAAGGUUUUCUGUGGCCACGAGUACACGCUGCAGAACAUGAGCUUCGCCCGUCACGUGGAGCCCGACAAUGAGCUCAUCCAGCAGAGGAUCGAGUGGGCCAAGCACCGGCGCGCCUCCCAGGAUCCCACUGUUCCGUCGACCAUUGGCGAGGAGAAGUCCUGGAACCCCUUUAUGCGAGUGCACGAGGCCACGGUGCAGAAGCACGCCGGCGGAGCCACCGAUCCCAUCGUCACCAUGGGCAAGCUGCGCAAGGAAAAGGACACCUUCAAGGCCUAAUCGGUUUUCUCGAUCAUUUCGAAACUUGUGAUUUAAUAUUGGAUUUUGAUGGUUAAUAAAAUUAACGCUAUAUGUGAAGUGCA